GGAUAUUAUCACUCUGAAGAAGCAGCAGGUGUAAAGAGGUGUCAGCAUCAUGGUGAACACUGGCAUGCAGCUCAUCAGCUUCACCUGCGCGGUGACUGGCUGGAUCAUGGCGAUCGCCGUCACGGCCCUGCCUCAGUGGAAGGUCUCGGCUUUCGUCGGCAGCAACAUCCUGACCUCGGAGAUAAAGUGGGAGGGCAUCUGGAUGAACUGCGUCUACCAGACCACCGGCCACAUGCAGUGCAAAACCUACGACUCCAUGCUGGCCCUGCCUCCGGACAUCCAGGCGGCGAGGGCCCUCAUGUGUGUGGCCAUCUUCAUGGGCUGGCUCUCCUGCACCGUGUCCUGCUGUGGCAUGAAGUGCACCACCUGUGCCGGGGACGACCGCCGAGCCAAGGCCGGCAUCGCUCUGGCAGGCGGCAUUCUCUUCAUCCUCACGGGCCUGUGCGUUUUGAUUCCGGUGUCCUGGACCGCCAACACCGUCGUCCGGGAUUUCUACAACCCUAACGUCCCCGUGAUGCACAAGAGAGAGCUGGGUCAGGCCAUUUACCUGGGCUGGGCAGCUGCCGUCAUUCUCAUAAUCAGUGGAGCCGUGCUGAGCAGCACCUGUCCCCUCAUGGCGAGGAGCGGCAGGUACCGCAGAGGGUACGUGGGUCGGAGCUUCGCUAAUUCACCUGCCUCAGCACCAGAUCCUCCAAAACCCAUCACAUCCAAUAAUCUACCACUGAAGGAGUAUGUAUAG